CACGUGCUGGGUGGCGCGGCCGUCACGGAGGAAAUUGUGCCAGGCUUCAAGUUUUCCCGGGCAUCGUACCUGCUCAGCCUGCUGCGGCCACAGAUCUAUGCUGAGCUGGAGCUGCAGCGCCAUGGCCUGAGGGUGCUCCUGCGGGACCCCUACUCCUUCACCCCGCUGCUGGAGGACAGGAGCCCCCCUCGCUCCCUCCUGCUGGGGCACAACAUAGCUCAGACCCAGCAGCAGAUCGCUCAGUUCUCCCAGAAGGAUGCGCAGGCUUACCCUGAGUACGAGGCAUUCAUGGGGGGCUUGGUGUCUGCCCUCGACCCACUGCUGGAUGCCCCCCCAGUGGACACAGCUGCCCUGGGGCAAGGCUCCCUGCUCCAGCGACUCAGAGCCCUGCAAGCCCUGCGGCCCCUGCUGCGGACAGGGCUGGUGCUGGGGCAGCAGCUACCCCGCUAUUAUGAGGUGCUCACAGCCCCCAUCUCCAAGAUCCUGGAUCACUGGUUUGAGUCGGAGCCUCUGAAGGCAACUCUGGCUACUGAUGCAGUGAUUGGAGCCAUGGCCAGCCCCCACACCCCCGGCAGCGGGUACGUGCUGUUGCACCACGUGAUGGGCGAGCUGGAGGGACGGCGGGGGGCCUGGGGGUACGUGGCUGGUGGGAUGGGGGCCCUGUCCCAAGCCAUCGCCUGCUCAGCGACUGCCUGGGGAGCCCACAUCUUCGCUGAGAAGGCAGUGUGCCAGGUGCUGCUGGGCAGGGACGGGCGGGCGCAGGGCGUCGUGCUGCAGGACGGGACAGAAGUGAGGAGCAAACUGGUGCUGUCCAAUGCUUCCCCCCAAAUCACCUUCCUGGAGCUCACGCCCCAGGACCAGCUGCCACAGGAUUUUGUCCAGCGGAUCCGGCAGGUUGACACACGCUCCCCUGUCACCAAGAUCAAUGUGGCGGUGGAUCGGCUGCCCAGCUUUCUGGCUGCCCCCAACGCCCGUGAUGGCCAGCCCCUGCCCCACCACCAGUGCUCCAUCCAUCUCAACUGUGAGAGCACCCACCUCCUGCACCAGGCCUUUACCGAGGCCACCCACAGGCACCCUUCCAGCAGGCCCAUGAUCGAGCUCUGCAUCCCCUCGGCACUGGACCCAGGGCUGGCCCCACGGGGCUGCCACGUCGUGUCCCUCUUCACCCAGUACACCCCCUCUGUGCUAGCAGGAGGGCAGCCCUGGGAUGAGCAGGCCAGAAAUGCAUACGCGGACACGGUGUUUGACUGCAUUGAAGCCUACGCCCCGGGGUUCAAGGCAUCCGUCAUCGUCAGGGACAUCCUGACACCACCAGACCUGGAAAGGAUCUUUGGGCUGCCUGGUGGGAACAUCUUCCAUGGAGGGAUGUCUCUGGACCAGCUGUAUUUUGCCCGGCCAGCACCAUCCUACUCAGGCUACCGGUCCCCAGUUCCUGGCUUGUACCUGUGUGGAAGCGGAGCUCACCCUGGAGGAGGAGUGAUGGGAGCAGCAGGCCGUAAUGCCGCCAGGGUGGCCCUUGAGGACUUCAGGCGCUUGUGA